UGCAUAAUACACAAACAGUGAUGAAUAGAAGACAGCAUUGAGGUGUGGUCAUACGUGCGAGAAAAUAAUUUACAAUUUUUAUAACUUUAAUUGUGCCUUUUUAAUGAAAAAAAUUUCAUUAACAAACAUUGAAGAAGUGACAGAAGAACGUUGGGCCUCGACUAAUUAGAUAAAACCAAACAAUUGUUAAUUAUGGGGUCACAUAAUAAUCAAGACUAUCAUCGAGCUUCCAAUGCUUUGGUUUUUGGAGGUCUUAUUACUUAUGUUGCUGGUGUUUUACUUGUUAUGGCGUUCACCAGCCCAUAUUGGAUCGAAUCUUAUCAAGAAACAUUCAGUAACUUUAAGCACAUGGGCUUAUGGGAAUAUUGUUUCUAUCAAUUUCGUUACCCUUAUUACCAGUUUGAUAAGAUGUUCGAGGGUUGUCAUCACGUAUUUUCAGGAGAAUUUCAUGUGAUUCGAGAAUGGCUACUUCCCCCAUGGCUUAUGGUAGUCCAGGCAUUUGUAACCCUAGCACUUCUGCUAUCGUUUUUUGGGCAGGCAAUAAUAGCUUUAGUCUUGAUACGUUGGCCAUUAAGAUUUGUUUUACGAUAUGAAUGGAUGCUUUCAUCAGUCGCAUUUCUAUGCGACGCCAUAGUUGGUGGACUGCUAUUCUUAGCUGUGGCAAUUUUUGGUGGUCAGUGUUGGCGCAGAGACUGGUUACUUUACCCAAACUUCAAUCAUCUGUCGUGGUCUUAUGCUUUAGCAGUCAUUUCCUUCAUGUUUCAUGCAAUUGGUGCCUUCUUUUUGUAUCUUGAUGCUCGUGCGGGCUACAAAUUACGUAAACAGUCGCGUAAUUUGGUCGUGCAAAUGCAACCAAAUCCUCAAAGCCAUCAUAGUUCUCAUCAUCGUUUAGGUUAUAUUUAAUUAUUUAAUUAUAAUUGUUAAUGAACGAUAACAUAUUUUUUAGCUCUAUGAACAAUGCGUAAUUGAAUCCGUCCAAUUCACGAUUUUGAAUAUCGCACCGUCACAUGUUAAAGUUAUUUUUUUUAUAAUUAUUGUCGAAUUGACUUCGAAAUUAUAGAGAUUCUAAACUUGUAUGUACGCUUAAACUAGUGUAUUUUUUAUACAAUGAACAUUUACUAAUAAUAAAUGAGAUUAACGCUAAAUUAA